UCCUUCGGGUCCCAGCCCCUCUUCAUGGCCUAGUUUGCAAAUCGCCUUUGGCUUCCCACAUCUCUUCCUCUCCACUGUGUAGAUAUGACAGCUUUGUUGGAGAUCGAGGAUUAAGCACAUCUAAAGUGCCCACAGGUCUCGGAUCCAGGAGCAAGAUACAUCAAGUGAAGUGAGGAGGAGAUUUCAAGACCUGGAUAUCAUCAUUUGUGGGGACACCAUUGAUCAGAGACUAAGAUUUCUAACCUGAAAUUUAGGGCAGUUCAAGAAGAGACUAGAGACACAGCAUCCGAGUUACUGGCCAUUUCCCAAUAACAGAAGAAAAUGAUCAAGGACCAGGAAUUGCUGACACUGGAGGAUGUGGCUGUGGACUUCACUAGGGAGGAGUGGCAGCUCCUGGCCCCUGCUCAGAAGGACCUAUACCGGGACGUGAUGUUGGAGAACUACAGCAACCUAGUGUCAGUGGGGUAUCAAGGCAGCAAACCACACGCACUCUCCAGAUUGGAACGAGGGGAACCAUGGACAAUGGAAGAUGAAAUCCACAGUCAAACCUGUCCAGAAAUCAAGAAAGAUGAUGGUCAUCAACAGGUGCACUUGCACAAUCGAAGAUGUCUAAAGAGAAUGGAACAAUGCCAUAAACAUAAUGCAUAUGGAAACGUUCAUCAGAGUACAAGUAAUUUUCCUUCAUGGCAAAAAGAUAUAUCUGACUUACGUGGGAAAACUUUGAAAUCAAAUUUAAGUUUAGUCAACAAAAACAGAAUCUAUGCAGUAAAGAACCUUGUUGAAGUUAAUGGAAAUGCAAAAUCCUUCCUCCAUGCAAAGCAUGAGCAAUUUCGUACUGAAAUUAAAUUACCUGAAUGUGGAAAUUCUAUGAAUGCAAAUUCACAAUUCAUUAAGCAUCAAGGAACUCAAAAGGUAGAUAAACCCCAUGUAUGCACUGAAUGUGGGAAAGCCUUCAUCAAGAAGUCUCGCCUCAUCGAUCAUCAGAGAGUCCAUACAGGUGAGAAACCUCAUGGAUGUAGUAUAUGUGGGAAAGCCUUCUCCAGAAGGUCCAAGCUCAAUGAACAUCAGAAGACUCAUGUAGGAAAGAAACAGUAUGAAUGCACUGAAUGUGACAAAGUCUUCCCCAAGAAAUCACGGCUACUUAUUCAUCAGAAAAUUCAUACAGGAGAGAAACCCCAUGUAUGCAAUGAAUGUGGAAAAGGCUUCAUGAAGAAGUCUUGGCUCAUUAAUCAUCAGCGAGUUCACACAGGAGAGAAACCUCAUGGAUGCAGUCUGUGUGACAGGGCAUUCUCCAGAAAGUCCAGGCUCAUUGAGCAUCAGAGAACUCAUACAGGAGAAAAACCAUAUGAAUGCACUGAAUGUGACAAAACAUUCCGCUGGAAAUCACAGCUUAAUGCACAUCAGAAAGCUCAUACGGGAGAGAAAUCAUAUGUAUGCAGUGAGUGUGGAAAAGGCUUCAUUCAGAAGGGCAAUCUCAUUGUACAUCAGCGAACUCACACUGGAGAGAAACCUUAUAUAUGCAGUGAAUGUGGAAAAGGUUUCAUUCAGAAGGGCAAUCUCCUUAUACAUCAACGAACUCACACUGGAGAGAAACCAUAUGUAUGCACUGAAUGUGGGAAAGGCUUCAGCCAGAAGACAUGCCUCAUAUCACAUCAGAGAUUCCACACUGGAAAGACUCCCUUUGUAUGUACUGAAUGUGGAAAAUCCUGUUCACACAAGUCUGGUCUCAUUAAUCAUCAGAGAAUUCACACAGGAGAGAAACCCUAUACAUGCAGUGACUGUGGGAAAGCUUUUAGAGAUAAGUCAUGCCUCAAUAGACAUCGGAGAACUCAUACAGGAGAGAGACCCUAUGGGUGCUCCGACUGUGGGAAAGCCUUCUCCCACUUGUCAUGCCUUGUUUAUCAUAAGGGAAUGCUUCAUGCAAGAGAGAAACCUGUAGGUUCAGUCAAGUUGGAGAAUCCUUUCUCAAAGAGUCACAGCUCCUCACAUUCAAGUGAACUCAUACAGGAGAAAAACCCUGUUAAUACGGUGAAUGGGCAAACACCUCCUGUGGCAGCUCAGACUUCAUUCCAUGUCAGUGGGCUCCUAGCAGAUAGGAAGGUAGCCAUUGUGGGACAGCCAGAUGCCAGAUGUCCAUCGUCAGCAGAUAAGGAAUUGGCACAGAGAAACCUUAUGAAUGCAGUGAAUGUGGUAGUGCCUUCUGUGAUCAGUUACGUCAUAUUUUAUGUCACAAAAAACACUCAGGAAUAAACUGUGGUACAGUCAAGGUGGAAAACCCUUGAAUAAAACCUUUUAGCUCAUUAUAUGGCUGAUAAGUAUAUACUGAGAGACAUGGUGUGAAUACAGAGAAUGGGAAAGCCUUUUGGGGAAAGAUAGACCUCAAUGCUUCAUAGGUCACAUAUCAUCAGUGAGCUCCUGUUUGGUAGAACUGUAAUGACCGUGGAAAAGUCCUUCACCAGAAAUAAGACAUCAGUAGGUGUCAGAGAGUUCACACAGGAGGGAAACUCUGGGACCUUUGAAGGCACUGAAUGUGGCAGGGUUGUCAGUGUUACAUUCUGCCUCAUCACUUGGCAGAGGAAAUCAUAUAGAAAUAAAACUGAACACACCAACUGUGAAACCUUCAGCAAAAUAUCAGGAAAAAUGCAUGAAGCAAAUAAGCCCUGUGAAAAUGAAGAAUAUUUUAGAGAUUUCUGUCAAAAUUCUAACAUACAUCAGAAAAUAUACAUAGUGUACAUUUUAGGACAAUAUCCCUUGAAUCAAACUCCUAGUUGAUAUGUCAGUGUCUCCUUAAUUCAAAGGAGGUUGUCUGUGUUGCAGAUCAUUGGUUAAGGUUAUAACACAGCGCACCCUCCCUCCCUUUUUUUGGGCACGAGUCUUUUUCCACUCAACAUCAUUAUAUGGUUAGCUCUUGCAUUUCUUUGGUUCUAAAUUUAUUCAAUUUAUUUCAGACUAGAAGUCCUUCAAAAGAAACUGAAUACAUUUAGUUCAAUAAUGUAACACAGCAUGUUUGGAUCUGCUUAACUUUAUGACUAUUACCCCAAGGAACAAAGCUGAAAACUCAUGAGUAACCUAGUAGCCAAGCUCUUACCCUGGAAGACAGUUCCCAUCCGGCACACACACCACUCAGAAAAACUUUAACAACUAUUUCCUUUACCUGCUACUGUCUAGGAUCUAUGAAUGAUGACAGUGAUGAACUAAACAAAAAGUCCUUUCUACCUGUGAGCUAGCAACUUUUUUAAAGCUAGAUUUCAUGCAUAUAGCAAUUUUGCCCUCUAGCAAAUGUAAUCAAAGGAUGUAUGCACCUACAUUUGUUGAAAGGGACAUACGGUAUAAGGAACAAAGUGUCCUGAUAAUUUCUUGUUCAUGGGGCAUAUUAUUUGGAGGGAGAGAAUGAAAGGAUUCACUUAAUUUUACUUACAUAAAAUAGGGUAUGGAUACUUUAAAAAAAAUGUUUUGUGUCUUAUCUCUCUACCUAGAUUAUAAAUUCUUUGAUAGUUUAUAGAUUAUUGUAUAUUCCCCAGCACACAGAAAAAUAGAAAUGAAUUAUGUGUAGCAUUGAAAGAUGAGUGAAUGACAUAAUGGAGUAGUCAAUCAAAAUUAUUUUUGUCACUGGAGGAAAGGAGCUACUGAAAAGAAAUUCUAAGGAUCAGUGUUAUUCCAAGAAACAUUCAAAAAAAAAUCCUGAAUAGAGGCUCCUGUCAGAAUAUAAAAGGGACAGAUCAGAGAAGGAAUAGGAUCCACAGAAUAAGCCCAAUUAAUGGAAGAAAAUAACAUUAAAAAUGAAGGGCAGCAUGUGAGAUGGGUGAAGGUGAGAUCCUUUCAGAUGUCUUGGAGAAGAACCCUUACAUUUGUCCACAGGUCUGUCACCUUUUAGACUUGCCACCAUUUCAUAUAUCCUGGCUCCUCUGUGACGUGAUGAAUUGAGACGUGAUUUAGCCUCAUCAUUCCUUCUCACUCUCCUGGGAAAUGGGGCCCUUGUCCUCUUUUAUACACAGGGUUCUUUCCCUUGCUUCAAUAAAGACAAAUCCAGCUUAAAACCAGUGAGUACUGCUUAUAAGGAAAAAAAGUGGAAAUUUGCUAUGGAAUGGUUGUCUCAUAAUUGAAUUCCAAACUCUGGGUUUUUGAGUAAUUCACUACAACAAAUAUUUUUUUUGAGCAUCUGUACUGUGCCAGUCAGUGUCGUAGACACAGCUCGCACUGGUAACCAUGCAAAAUAAUGGCCUCUAAAAGGAUGGAUUUGAGACAGAUGCUCUUCAGCAGAGAAUCAGAAAUGGAUUAUUCUUCAACUCAGACUUCAGAUCCACUCCACUUCUUGUCUUGUGAAUCUGCACAUCCUAUCAUAGCAGGCGUAGUGUCUUUCUCACUGAAACCUUCAGUCAGGGUCCCCGAAUGGAGUGCCCAGGCCUGCCCUAACCCCUGAGGACCAAGUGCUGAACUCACCUUUCAGACAUUGGCAUUCCAGGUAAAUAAAAUGUUAAUGGGGUAGACAAUUCCAGCUCGCCUUAUUUAAGAAAGCCGUACCAACUUAUAGCUUGUACUGCUCCACUCCCUCGCCUUCAUAAAAAUUAUUGCUGUGGCCAGCCCAGUGGUGUAGUGGUUAAGUUCGCGAGCUUCACUUCGGUGGCCCGGGGUUCGCAGGUUCUGAUCCCAGGCGCGGACCAAUGCACGACUUGUCAAGCCAUGCUGUGGCAGUGUCCCAUAUAAAAUAGAGCAAAGUGGGCACAGAUGUUAGCCCGGGGCCAAUCUUCCUCAGCAAAAAAGAGGAGGAUUGGCAACAGAUGUUAGCUCAGGGCUAAUCUUCCUCACCAAAAAAAAAAAAAAUUGCUAACAUUUAUUAAGUGUGCUCUUUGCCAAAUGUUAACUGCAUUAUAAUAAUUAGUUAUUUAGUACUCUCAAAUGCUCCAUUUCCAUCUUCAUGUAUUUUAGAGAAACAUUUAUAUACGUUUGAAGCCUCAUUCCUUUCUCCUUAGUACAGGUAACCACAUACUGUAUGCAGUUGUACAUGGCUAAGAACUGAGAGUACUGAGAUCAGGGUUUGGGGUCUCAGAGGGUCACUCUGCCUUGUAUGGCUCAGUGAUGGAGAACUGGAUUUGAGGGGUGAUUGUAUUUGCUAGGGCUGUCAUAACAAAGUAUCACAGACUGGGUGGCUUAAACAACAGACAUUUUUGUCUCACAAUUCUGGAGGCUUGAAGUCUGAGAUCAAGGUGUCAGCAGGGUUAGUUUCUUCUGAGGUCUCGCUCCUUGGCUUGUAGAGGGCCUUCCUCCUGUGUCUUCACAUGGUCUUCCCUCUGUGUGUAUCUCUGUCCAAGUUUCCUCUGCCUACAUGGACACCAAUUAUAUUGGAUUAGGGCCCACCCUAAUGACCUUACUUUAACUUAAUUACCUCUUUAAAGACCCUAUCUCCAAAUACAGUCACACUCUGAGGUACUGGAGGCUAUGACUUGAACAUAUAGAUUUUGGGGGAACACAAUUCAGCCCAUGACAGUGCUGCUUUUCAAUGAAUGCCGUUCAAGUUCGGAAGUUUAUAUUGGGCUAACUGAUGGAGCUGGCAGGUUGUCAGUAAAUGGUUGUGUCUUUUCUAGAUUUGACAAUUAAUAUAGUCAUAUGGUUAGUAUCUGAGGAAGCCCAUGUGUGUUUGUGGUUUAGAGGCUGAAGCUUUGUAGACCUAGGACCUCUGAGCUGCUGGGACAGACCUGUUGAAUGUUAGUUUCCCCUUAGUCCUUCAGAUAAGUCUAAAUCCCUCUUCAAGGACUAUUUAUGUAUACAGUCAUGCAUUGCAUAAUAACAAGGAUACCUUCUGAGAAAUGUGUCAUUAGGUGAUUUUGUCAUUGAGCAAACAUCAUAGAGUGUACUCACACAGACCUAGAGGGUAUAGCCUACUACACACCUAGGCUGUAUGGUACUAAUCUUCUGGGACCACUGUCAUAUAUGCAGCCUGUCAUUGACUGAAACAGGUGAUGUGGUGCAUGACUGUAUACACAAACACACACACACACCCAUACAUAUAUUAUACACACAAACACAUAUUUCCUGCAAAAGCAGUUGGUCCCUUUGGGGACAAUGUUAAGGCAGCCACCACAGGUGAGAGGAGAGAGUCCAUUAUAUUGAAAGUGCUUUAGGCUGAAGAAUGAAGUGGAAGCUCUUCAGCCGUCCCUCAGUGGAGGACAAUGGAUGCUCGUGGGGAAAGGAGAGUUGACUUUUGAAGGAAUAUACCCUGGAUGCGUCUAAGAAGUUGCAUUCACUCAUUUCUGCCCCUGAGUAUCACUGCAUUUGGGCUGUGUACCUUUUCCUCUGAUGGUGUUACGGAGUCAAAUAUGAAGGUUCUGGGGCCUUAACCAAAUUGCCCUGAUAUUUGAGAUACAGGAUGAGAGGUGAGUUUGGAGGAUGCAGGAGAGUCAUAGAAAGCUCAUCAGAGAAUGGUUUGUGGCCGUGAAUGGUGGAAGAUGAGAUCAAGAAGAUCCAAGAAGUCGGUGGUUUAUCCUGGGAGUCUUUCACCCAAGCUCCCGAGUUUGGAUUGUAGAAAGCCAUGGGAGUGCUGAUGUCGGAUCUGCUGCUUUGGGGGCAAGCAUGGAGCUUGCAGUUUGUGUGUUUCUAUGUUUAUGGUGUUUCAUGUGCCACUGAGUAUUGUAAGAGAUGACUUCAGAGGCUCAAGUCUUGCGUCUGUGACUAUAUGGCCAUCCUCCAAGGGGACUCUGGGUAGUAAACUCCUACAAGGUAGUAGCAGAGAGCUAAGUUUUAUUAUGAGGGUAUCUGGUAAGGGAAUGCAACUGUUGUUAAAGUCAUGUGCUUGGAGACAGGCAGAGCUGGGGUCAAAUUGUAGCUCUAACACAGAGUGUUCCUGAGCAAGAUAUUUAAUCCCGAAGUCUUAGUGUGACAUAAUGAGAAAUAUGUAUUUAUUCUCUGCUCCUGGUUCCUGACACGGAGACCCUAAAACUCUUGUAAUCUCCUGAGUGAUGGGUUGAUAGGAGUGUUUUACACAAAGCUGUUAAAUCCCUUGGAAUUGGGUGAUAGGAGCUUCUUUUCUUCUAAGAAAGUGACUCUCUGUGGGCUCCUGGAUGGCUCCUGGAUGGC